GUCUGUUUGAUGCCUUCGUUAGUAUUUGUUUAUUGAUUGCGAAAACGAGAGGCACACGAAACAGCAAACGUUGAAAAUGGUUUGGUCGUCAGCUCUACAAGUUCUUGCUCUCACCUUUGUUGCAAGUGCUGCCCCAGCUCCAGUUGCAGCACCACAUGCUUUAAUUCCUGCCUUUCUGUCCACGGUGAUGGAAUCCAGUGAACAGCUGGGCCUUUUACUGGGGGAAGAAUUAGAAGACAAAUUUGAAAAAGAUGAACUCGAUGCUCAGUUUGCACUUUUUCAAAAAAACCCUGAAUUAUUUAAGCUUCACAAAAAACUGGUGAAUAUUGAAUCCAUCAGUGGUAACGAAGUUUCUGUGUCAAACUACCUACAAAACUACUUGAGUCAGCUAGGACUUGGUUUGGAAUUAGCAAUAGAUGAAACUGGUAAGAAUAUUUACGCCUACGGAAGUGAAAAUGGUAGUACGAAAGUGCUGCUAACAUCACAUAUAGACACUGUUCCACCUUACAUCGAUUACUUUGUCCAAGAAACUGAAGAUGGUGAUGUGGAAAUCCAUGGAAGGGGCUCGUGUGAUGCUAAGGGAUCUGUUGCUGCGCAAAUCAUUGCAGCCAAAGAACUUUUAGAAGAUGGAAUAGUGACAACUGAUGAUUUAAGUUUGUUGUUUGUUUUCGCUGAAGAAGUUGGUGGUGCUGGUAUGAGAAGCGCCAACUCCUACCUAGUCGAAGAGGGUAUCAACUGGGAUGCGGUUAUCUUUGGAGAACCAACUGAGAAUAAACUUGCCACCGGUCACAAGGGUAUAUAUUUGGCAAAACUUGAGGUCUUUGGUGUUGCAAGUCACUCCGGUUAUCCAGACAUGGGUAUCGAUGCAGAUAAGAUCAUGAUCGAAAUAAUGCAUGAGUUGGAGACGUACAACUGGCCAACAUCGGAAUUAUUGAACUCGACUACUCUCAAUAUCGGUAUGUUUGGUGGUGGUACUGCUGGAAACGUCAUUUCUCCUUACGCAGAAUGCACCAUUUUAAUGAGAACUGCAGUCGACGCAGAUGAGAUCGAUACGAUUGUUCAAAGCAUCGUUUCCAAGCACGAGUCUAAAGCUAAAGACUUAAAGCUUGAUGUCCGAGUUACUGACGAUCCAGUUUCCUUAGAUUACGAGGUUGAUGGAUUUGAAACAAUUAUCGCCUCUUACUCAACUGAUAUUCCAAACUUAAAGCAGAGAGGUUUUAAAAGAUACUUGUACGGUCCUGGUUCAAUUUUAGUAGCACAUGGUGAUCAUGAAUACGUCACUGCAUCAAGUAUGUUGCAAGCCGUUGAAGAUUACAAGAAGUUGGUUCUGUACUCUUUGGGCAAAUAAACGUUCCGAUGAGAAGUAAAACCACUACUCGAGAUAUAAUUUAUAUAAUGUAACUCUCCAAAAUCAAUCUCAAACAAUGAAAGAGUAACAUAUCUACCUCGUUAAGAUUAUUAAAUGUUUUC